AUGGUGGAAACGUGUGGCACAUCUCCUCCGAAUUUCCAUGAUUGUUCGUCUCCUUCAGGCGGUCAAAGUCGUGGUCAACUCGUCGCUGCGGAGAACCAAGUCAGCAAGAAUUCGAAAACGACUCACAGCAAAUCAUUCGGCAAUGACGAAACUCACAACAAUCUGCGAGGCAUGGUGGUACAUGUAGCCGUCGAAGCAGCGCAAAAGAAUGAACCAAAGCCAAUCAAAGGAGAAGCGACAACGACGACUCAAGUGAAAGCUCAGACAGUCAAGCAGGAAGAGACUGGCAUGGCGGUACAUGUAUCCGUCGAAGCAGAGCCAACGAACGAACCAAAGCCAAUCAAGGGAGAAGCGACAACGACGACUAACCUGAAUGCUGAGUCGGUCAAGCAGGAAGAGACUCCAGCACCAGCGCUGCCGAAGAAAGAGAAGUCUCCAGUGGCCCGGGAACUUGAGGCGUUUGAAGAGAACAUCAAGAAACAAGGUGGUUUGAUUCCGCUUGAAACACAAAGCACCACCAUCACUGCUCCCGGAGACUCGACCAACGAAGUAAAAUGGACUCGAGUGGGCCUGCCCAAAAUGGAAUUGUUCAAAUCGGAUUGUCAUCCUCAGCAUCCAGGAGCCCCACCGCGAAACAACCACUACCGGUACCAACCAACCUAUGAAAAAGAAAUCGUUGGACUUCCUUCUCUGCCACUAUCGUCUACGAGCACUCUGCCUUCUUUCAACCCGAUGUACACGCCCAAUGUGUCAUUUGGUGAAUCCACGCUGGGAGGCCCUCCUCUCCCUGGUGAAGGAAGACGAUCUCAUUCACCUCCAGGACGAGGCACGGACUACUAUCAUCAUCAGGCGCCGUACUUUGCACCGCCCCAUGAAUAUUACCCACCACCGUAUUAUGAAUAUGGCGGAAGUCAUCGGGAACAGCAAGAUUUAUCUUCCAAGAGCGUCCAGAGUGGAAACGAGGAGGAGGACAGCGGCAAACAGUCCAAAAGCAAGAAGAAGACAGGCGCUUACAUUCCGAUUCCGUACUAUCCCUACCGGUAUCCACCCCACCAUCAUCAGUACCACUACGGUCCUCCGCCGUAUCCUAUGCACGGCAACUCCUUGUAUCCUGGACCUUCCGCUCGUCCCAAUGGCACAACGACAACAAACUCCUUAGACGACGACAAGGAGGCUGCAGGUGCCAAGGUCGCUAGUACUCUCCCCGUAAAGGAAACCCAGACUGCGGGAGACAACGAAGGAAGUACGAAAGGGCCACAUGCGGCUGAUUCGCCGAAGAUCGAAGCAACUACCGGUAACGGCGAAGUCGCUGCCAAGGGAAGGGUCUCCAAGAGCACUAGUAGCAAAGAGGGGAGCCCCAUGCCUCAUCUCAAGGUUUCUGUGGAAAACUCGACAACGGGGACGACGUCUCCAGUUCCACCUGACCAUCGUAGUCCUCCACAAAGUCCCUCUCGAGGGAACGACGAAGCCGCUUUGUCGCCACCUUUGCCUUCGAUAUGCUAUCUACCUCAUAGCCCCCGCUCGUUUCCACCUUAUCAUCCUCCCCCGCCAUACGGCUACUACGAUUAUGGCCCACCUCCGAAUGGAAGCAGGGGCUACGAUCACCAAAUUCCGCCACCGUAUCCUUUUGAGCAUUCACACAGCUAUGCUCUCCCGCCGCCACCGCCUCCAAAACGCACCGCGGAUGAUGUGCCUCGCCGAGAGAUAAAGAACUCGCAAAGCCGUCAACGUACUGCAGUAUUGCGGGAACGAAUCGCCUUCAUUGAGACGAAGCCAGAGUGGGAACGCACACAAGAGGAACAUGAAAUUCUCAAGAAAGACGAGGAACGCCGCGUGCACAAGAAUACUCAAUCCAAGGUUCGGUCGAAGAAGACAAAGGACAGAAUUGAGGCUGUUUCAAAGAAGCCUGUGCAUGAGCGUACUCCAGAGGAAGCUGCUUGGCUGGAUGAUCAGAUGCGCAAACGCAAGCACAAAGCUGAGGGAGACCGCAUGCGUCGCAAGCGCAUCAAGGACUUGGGGCUUCCCCUCAAGAGCACCGCUGGGCAGAAACCAGGCGUCCCUGCCCGCGGGCCCUUACCAGCUCAUUAUGAAGCCAUCAUGGCGGAAAAGGCUGCAGCUGCACCGAACCACCUCGAGUAG